GAUGCGAUAAAAUAUGAGCAUUAUUAUUGUAAUAUUAUUUAAUUUUCUUGUUUAUUGUACUGCUGUAAGGACCUUGCCGUCACGUGACCUAGGAAAUUUAUUUGUGAAACAUGCUCAAAAUGAAUUAUUGGACUACGAGUACAAAAUAAUCGAAGAUGUCCUUCGAUUAUAUAGCCAUGUCUGGGAUAGCGUACGGACUGUUACAAAAGCCUUCCGCUGCUUCGUUUGUCGCAGUGCAUUCUCUGCACUUUUCGUUCUUAUUAAAAUCGGAGCGCCCGAUGAGACAAUUGUUAACACUGGCACCAAACUAUGCUCUGUUGCAAUUUCUACUAGAGUAUGCCAUGGAGUUAUCAAACUUAACUUGCCUAUUCUAAAGUACAUUAUUAAAAAUACGCCUGAAGCGACGCCGAAAACCUUUUGCGGGAUUUGGCACCAAAGUUAUCACGAUCCAUACACGUGUGCUUACGAUGAUCCCAGAUUUGAAUGGAAAAUCGAAUUGCCAACUAAGGUUAAGGUUCAACGUAAUCACCCAAUUGGUUUUAACUCCACACCACUCACAGUAGCUGUUCUAUCAGAUAUUCACGUUGAUCCGUUCUACGAACCAUUUGGAGUAGCUGAUUGCGAUGAACCAGUGUGUUGUAGGAAAGGCCAAAAAGAAAACACUCGUGAUAAUAAGGGCAUAGAUGAAAUACUAAUGCUGAAUAGUGUAUUUGAAAAUGAUGAAGAUAUAUUUCUAAACAUGGAUGCAGUAUCUAAUGUAAUAAAUUUAGGUAAUUUAAAUGAUAUGAUAAGAGAAACAUCCGAAAAGAAAUCAACACCAGCUGGGUAUUGGGGUGAUUACAGAAAUUGCGAUACUCCUAUAUGGGCGUUUGUAGAUGUCAUAAAACAAAUUGCAUCUAUUAAAGAGUUAGAUGCAGUUUAUUACAUUGGCGAUAAUAUUGAUCACCACAUAUGGGAGACGACAUAUGAACUUAAUGAGGGUAUAAAUAAUUUAAAUAUCGACACAAUGAAAAAUAAUUUUAGAAAAGAAAUACUAGUUGUUCCUACUAUUGGAAAUCAUGAAUCACAACCACUAAAUCUAUUUGCACCUUCAUCGGUACAAAACGCAGGAUUGAACACUACCUGGCUAUACAGAAGUUUAGCUAUGAAAUGGUCCCAUUACUUGUCUAGAAAAGCGUCAAAAUCUAUGAAGCAACGAGGAGGAUUCUCCAUGUUAAUACGACCUGGGCUCAGAGUUAUUUCUAUUAAUAACAACGUGGCUUAUAAAUAUAAUUGGUGGUUGAUCUUCGAUCCACUUAACCCUAAAAGAUAUUUGGAAUGGCUAGUGGAAGAACUAUUCAAAGCUGAGCGGAUGGGGGAGAAAGUCCAUAUUCUUUCACACGUUCCGCCCGGUGACCAAGAUCUUAUUUAUACUUGGACGAGAGAAUUUCAUAAAAUUGUAGAACGAUUUUCAUCUAUAAUUACUGCACAAUUCAACGGACAUUUGCAUUCAGAUGAGUUCAAGAUAUUCUAUAAAGAUAAUGAAGCCUUCAAUGUAGCUUGGAGCGCCGGUUCUGCUACGACCUAUCAAAAUUUCAACCUUAAUUACAAGAUCGUUACUUUUGACUACGUCAACUUUGAACCAACAAGCAUAAAUAACUACAUCUACAACCUAACCGAAGCAAAUCUCGCACCAAAUGUACCUCCACGUUGGUUUAAGCUGUACGACAUGAAAGAAUCCUUCCAACUCAAUGAUCUAACUGCAACAUCGAUGGACAAAUUAGUAAACACAAUGGUGACACAAAAAAAGCAACAACUAGACCAGUACGUGACGUUUGCUUCCAAGCAAAGUGACGCGAUUCCGUAUUGCGAUACUUAUUGCAAGCUAGAAAUGCUCUGCAAUGCUGUGACAAGUGUAUUAUGGGAUCGAAGAAAAUGUGAUGAGCUUAAAAAACUAUACCGUUCAUAAAUAAACAUUAUAGAAAUAAAAGUGCCAUUUGAGUCUUC